UCUAAGUAAGAUGAAUGAUGUAUCUCAAAUUCUCACCAAAAGCGGAAGGAAUACAUUGUAGAAGUGAUCUCCUAAAAAACCUACCCUUUCUUUUGACCACUCUCUCUAAAGCCUCACUCUCGGCAAGUUUUUUCUUUUUUGUUACCACGCUUUCUCUCACUACACGCUUUCUCUCUCUCUUUCUUCCCAAAUCACCCUUCUAUCCAUCGCUCCCGUCUCAGAUACACACACCACUCCCAAGCACCAACCACCGAAUAAUAACAACACAAAGGAAAAACAAGAGGAAACCCUAAUUGCACACUCUUCAGGGAAAAUUGAGGGAGAAAAUUCAUAUUUUUUUUCCUCUUUUUUUUGUUUUUUUGUUGUUGUUGGUUUUGGUUCUCCAAGAAACUUUGAUUUUGAGGAAUUAAGGGUUGGGAUAUAUGUCCUUCAAUCAAUCAAAGUCCGAUAAGAGCGACGCUGUGUACCGAAAAUCCGGGCGAUCCGCCAGCUUCAAUCAGCAGCGAGGUUCCUCCGGCGGUGCGUACGGCAAGGCCGGCGGCGGCGGUGGCGGCGCCGGGCCUUCUCCGUCGCUCUCCUCUAGCCGGAGUUUUAACAAGAAGUCUAAUAAUAAUGCACAAGGUGGGCAAUCUAGGGUAAACCCUGCACCGUUGAAUUCAGCUGAGUCUAAUAGUACUUAUGCAGCCCGGACUGUACCGAAUGGUUCCCAUGUACAGCCGCAGAUUCAUGGGGGACCCAAUGCACCAGUUACAAAUGCAACUGCCAAGCCAUCUGAAUCGUCAACUGCACAAAGGAGCACCAGACCUGUUCCAAAAGCUCCUACUUCUCAACCUCCCGCCAUGAGUUCUGAUCCAGCAGCUCCAACGACCCCUGCUAAGGGAGAUGCAUCAAAGGCAUUCCCUUUCCAAUUUGGAUCUAUUAGUCCUGGCUUUAUGAACGGGAUGGCAAUCCCUGCUCGCACAAGCUCAGCUCCUCCUAAUAUAGACGAGCAGAAGCGUGAUCAAGCUCGACAUGAUUCUUUUAGACCUGCGCCUUCAAUUCCAACUCCUCCUGUUCCAAAGCAGCAGGCAGUGAAGAAGGAUGCUAGUGUUGCUGACCAAUCUAAUGCUGGGGAGACUCAUACUGGGAUUCGAGCAAAAAAGGAUAUUCACAUGUCACCUUUACCACCAGCAAGCCAGAUGCAGAAGCCUUCUGUUAUUCCUUUAACAGGGAUUUCAAUGCCAAUGCCAUAUCACCAGUCACAGGCAUCUAUACACUAUGGUGGUCCUAAUCCGCAGAUUCAAUCUCAAGGUAUGUCAUCUGCACCUCUGCAGAUGCCAUUACCAAUGCCUUUACCAAUUGGAAGUGCUGCACAGGUGCAACAACAGGUUUUUGUUCCAAGCCUUCAACCUCAUCCUAUUCAUCCUCAGGGCAUCAUGCAUCAAGGCCAAAACAUCGGUUUCAGUCCACAAAUUGGCCCUCAGUUGCCCCAUCAGUUAGGCAACAUGGGUAUUGGCAUCAGCCCACAAUAUCCACCACAGCAAGGAGGAAAGUUUGCUGGUCCUCGUAAAACUACUCCUGUCAAAAUAACUCAUCCUGAGACACAUGAAGAGUUGAGACUUGAUAAAAGGGCAGAUGCAUAUUCAGAUGGUGGGUCAUCUGGUGCAAGGCCUCAUUCUGGCAUGCCUUCUCAAUCUCAGCCUGCCCAGCAAUUUGCAGCAUCUCAUCCUAUUAAUUACUAUCCACCCACUUCCUACAGUGCCAAUUCUCUCUUUUAUCCAACUUCUAGUUCUCUUCCAUUAACAAGUAGCCAGAUAACUCCUAACUCCCAGCCACCUAGAUUUAAUUAUGCAGUGAGCCAUGGUCUGCAAAAUGUUAGUCAUGUUAAUUCAUCAUCUCAUAGUUCCCUGCCUGUUAAUAAGGCUGGCACUCUGAUUCCUGGCAAUGCUGAACCACCUAAUACAGAUUUUUCACGUGAUGUGCAUAAUACAAUCUCGUCAGCUCCACCAGGAGUAACUUCUGUGUCUAUUAAACCAAGUGGUGGAUCUGGUGUUGUGGACUUGUCAUUUUCCAAAUCCAGUACCCAAAAGACUGGAUCUCCUAGUUCUUCAUUAACAUCUAGUGAUGCUUUCUCUUCUGUACCACUAAAAGGGUCUGAAACAGCUGAAAUCUCUUCACAACAGACUAAGUUCUCCAGUGAUUCUUCCGUUUUGGGCUCGUUGCCAAAUCUAACUGCUGCAUCUGCUGCGAAGCCAACAUCGGCUUCCCUGUUGCUUUCUAGAGAAGAUUCUGUUUCAGUUGUGCCUAAUAAUGAAGGCAGAAAGAAGGAAUCUCUUAGCAGGUCAAAUUCUUUGAAGGAUAAUCAGAAGAAAAUACAGAAGAAAGGGCAAUUGCAGCAUCAUGUUGCUGUGCAAUCUCCUGCUACAGCUAAUGUUCCUUCCCAAGCUGUUGAUAGUGGUAUCUCUGAUUGUGAAGUUUCUGAAACUGUAGGAACUGAAACAAACCAUUCUGCAGAAAUUACCAGUGAAGAUCUCUCAGCUGCAGCUUCAGACUCAUUAUCAGCUACCUGUGAGAGCAUACCUUAUGCUGUUGAAAUGAAAACUAAUGGUUCUACACAAGUGUCUUCUUGUGCAUCAGCUGAAGGACCUGUUACUAAAGUGGUGGAUAAUUUUAAAAAUCAUAACAAUGAAGAGAUGGAUGAAUUCUCACAAGAGGAUAAACUGUUACAGAAGAAUAUUUUGGAAACGGGUGGUAAAACAGAAAUUUUGUCUCUUCAAGGAUGUAAAGAUGGUGGUGACGGUCAAACAGAAUUGGAACAACCUAAGCAAGGUUCUGUGAAGUUAAGCACUGAGGUUGUGACUGUGAGGACUGUGGAUCAAGGGCAGGAUGAGUCUACAAGUUGUAGUGCAGAAUGUGACAGGACGGCUGAUAAUUUAGGCAUGUCUAUCCCUACCACAUUGGAUUCUAAAGAUGUUUCUUUAAAUAGAAACGAUAGUGUAGUUAGUGAUGAAGUUGUUUCUACAAAUUCUGGCACAUCAGAUCAGCAGUCUGCUGAUCUUUUAGAAACGUGUAAGGAUAGUUCAGAGAAUGCUGGAAGUGGUUCAGUGUCUCUUCCAGCAUCAGGUGUCAAAGACAGACCAGUUUCAGAGCCUAGUAAGGUGAAAACUACAUCAAAGGGGAAAAAGAAACGAAAAGAGAUUCUUCAGAAGGCUGAUGCUGCUGGGUCAACAUCUGAUCUUUAUAAUGCAUACAAGGGACCUGAGGAAAAGAGAGAAACUUCCGUAAGUUUAGAGAAAACAGAACUUGACGGAAAAGAAAGUACUUCUACUUCUGGAAAUUUAGAGCAGUUGCCUACUGAUGCGGCUGAGCCAGAUGCUGGAGCAAGUGAACAAAAUAAGCAGAGUAAAGCUGAACUUGAUGAUUGGGAGGAGGCAGUUGACAUGUCUACUCCAAAACUUGAAGUUUCAGAUAAAACUGAACAGGAUAGUGAUGGAAGUGCAGUUACUGCCAAAAAGUAUUCUCGAGAUUUCCUUUUGAAAUUUGCCGAGCAAUGUACUGAUCUUCCCGAAGGGCUUAAAAUCACAGCAGACAUAGCCGAGGCUUUCAUGGGUACUAAUGUUAGUCCUCAUGUAAGUGAACGUGAUUCACAUUCAUCUGGUGGAAGAACUAUUGAUAGGUCAGGUGGGAUAUCUCGAAUGGACCGUCGUGGGAGUGGUGUUAUUGAAGAAGACAAAUGGAGUAAAGUUUCUAAUGCAUUUCAUUCUAGUAUGCGUUUGGAUGGCAUUGGAGGCAAUGCAGGAUUUCGACCUGGCCAAGGAGGCAAUUUUGGUGUUUUAAGGAAUCCACGCACACAAGCACCUCUUCAAUAUGUUGCUGGUAUUCUUUCUGGUCCAAUGCAAUCCAUGGUAAAUCAGGGAGGAAUGCAAAGAAAUAGCCCUGAUGGAGAAAGGUGGCAACGUGCUACUAGCUUUCAACAGAGGGGUUUAAUCCCAUCUCCUUCUCCUCAAACUCCAUUACAGAUGAUGCACAAAGCUGAGAAGAAAUAUGAGGUGGGUAAAGUGACAGAUGAAGAAGAGGCAAAGCAGAGGCAAUUGAAGGGUAUAUUGAACAAGUUAACUCCUCAGAAUUUUGAGAAGCUUUUUGAGCAGGUUAGAGCAGUUAAUAUUGACAAUGUAGUCACUCUCAAUGGUGUCAUCUCGCAAAUCUUUGAGAAGGCCUUGAUGGAGCCUACCUUUUGUGAAAUGUAUGCCAAUUUCUGUUUUCAUCUAGCAGCUGCAUUACCUGAUCUCAGUCAAGACAAUGAAAAGAUAACUUUCAAGAGAUUAUUGUUAAACAAGUGUCAGGAAGAAUUUGAGAGGGGUGAAAGAGAGCAAGAAGAAGCUAAUAAGGCCGAUGAGGGUGAGGUCAAGCUGUCUAAUGAGGAAAGGGAAGAGAAACGGACCAAGGCAAGAAGACGUAUGUUGGGUAAUAUCAGAUUGAUUGGAGAACUAUAUAAGAAGAAAAUGUUGACAGAGAGGAUUAUGCAUGAAUGCAUCAAGAAAUUACUGGGUCAGUAUCAGGAUCCAGAUGAAGAAGAUAUUGAAGCUUUGUGCAAGCUGAUGAGUACUAUUGGGGAGAUGAUUGACCACCCCAAAGCGAAGGAACAUAUGGAUGCAUAUUUUGAAAUGUUGAGAUCCUUGUCAGUCAACAUGAACUUAUCUUCUAGGGUGAGGUUCAUGUUGAAGGAUGUCAUUGAUUUGAGGAAGAAUAAAUGGCAACAAAGAAGAAAAGUUGAAGGCCCAAAGAAGAUUGAGGAGGUGCACAGAGAUGCUUCUCAAGAGAGGAUGGCCCAAGCUGGUAGGUUGGGUCGUGGUCCCGGCAACAAUCCAACUAGAAGGACUCCUAUGGAUUUUGGUCCAAGAGGGUCAUCCAUGUUAUCUCCUAAUUCUCAGAUGGGUGGACUGCGCGGAUUUCCUACUCAAGUUCGUGGGUUUGGUUCUCAGGAUGUUCGCAUGGAUGAAAGGCAAACUUAUGAGGCCAGGACAUUGUCAGUUCCCUUGCCUCAAAGACCUUCAGGUGACGAGUCAAUAACCUUGGUACCCAUGGGUGGUCUUGCUAGAGGCAUGUCCAUUAGAGGUCCACCUGCAGUUUCAAGUUCAACUGGUCUUAAUGGCUAUAAUAAUUUUCCAGAGCGCGCCUCAUACAGCUCUAGGGAGGACCCUGCAUCAAGAUAUACACCAGAUAGAUUUUCUGGUUCAACUGCUUACGAUCAAUCUAGUGUUCAAGAUCGUAAUAUGAAUUAUGGCAGCAGGGACUUGAGAAAUUCAAAUAGGGUUCAUGAUAAACCAGUUGUAACUUCACCACCUGCCAGAAUGCAAGGUACAACAGUCUCCCAGAAUAUUUCUCCAGAGCGACUGCAGGACAUGUCCAUGUUAGCAAUCAAAGAGUACUAUAGUGCUAGAGAUUUGAACGAAGUUGUUGAAUGUAUCAAAGAUCUGAACUCUCCAAGCUUUCAUCCUUCCAUGGUCUCUCUCUGGGUGACGGACUCGUUCGAGAGAAAGGACACUGAGAGAGAUCUUUUGUCCCAGCUGCUUGUUAACCUUGUGAAAUCUGAGAAUGGACCCUUGGGUCAAGUCCAGCUCAUCAAAGGGUUUGAAUCUGUUCUAAGUACUUUGGAAGAUGCGGUUAACGAUGCCCCCAAAGCACCAGAGUUUCUUGGCCGUGUUUUUGCCAAAGCUAUAACAGAGCAUGUAGUCUCUUUGAAUGAGAUUGGGCGGUUAAUACAUGAGGGUGGAGAGGAACCUGGCAGCCUCUUAGAAGUUGGACUUGCAGCUGAUGUUCUUGGAAGCACCUUGGAGGUAAUAAAAAUGGAGAAGGGUGAUGCUGUUUUGAGUGAGAUUUGUGCAAGCUCCAAGUUGCGGUUGGAGACCUUCCGGCCACCGGAACCUCUUACAUCAAGGAAGUUAGAGAAAUUUAUUUAGGGGGAUAGAGGAAAAUAUUUAUUUAUGUCUAGUGCUGUUAGGAUACUCAAAUUUGCAGAAAUGGUUUUCUCCAUGGUUGGGGAGAAUUUUAUAUUUUCGGAUUUCUGUCUAAAUGUUAUCUUCACUGCAAUUAUAAAAGGUUCGGUUCAGCGUCUGAAAAUUUUAGGCGAGUUAUAUGAUGUCUGUCAUGAGGGGUUUACCUUUUCAGCACUCUUGUAUCAUUCAACUGUCCAUGAAAAUAUACUGCAAUAUUCAUCUGCAA